AUGGCAUCCGCAAAGCCUCUCAGCAUGCUCGUGGUCCGGAGCCGUCCGGCCGCGACGCUGUCUACGACCCUCCGGCCACUGGGCCCCUCGCCCGUCCGCCUCUUCUCGACGACGGGACUUCGAUCCGCCACGCCCUCAGGACCACCUCCCCCAGGCUUCCGGCUGCCCAAGGCGGAGCGCUGGGACUCGACCCGCGAGAGCACCAUGGACCGCGUGGGCAAAUACUUCCUCCUGACCGAGAUGGCGCGGGGCAUGUACGUCGUGCUUGAGCAAUUCUUCAGACCACCAUACACUAUCUACUAUCCAUUCGAGAAGGGUCCCAUCUCUCCUCGGUUCCGCGGUGAACACGCCCUCCGUCGAUACCCCACGGGCGAAGAGCGCUGCAUUGCCUGCAAGCUCUGCGAAGCCAUCUGCCCCGCGCAAGCAAUCACCAUCGAAGCCGAAGAGCGCCAGGACGGCAGCCGCCGCACCACACGCUACGACAUCGACAUGACGAAAUGCAUCUACUGCGGUUUCUGCCAGGAGAGCUGUCCCGUCGACGCCAUCGUCGAGACGCCCAACGCCGAGUACGCCACCGAGACCCGCGAGGAGCUGCUCUACAACAAGGAGAAAUUACUCGCCAAUGGUGAUAAGUGGGAGCCUGAAUUGGCGGCCGCCGCUAGGGCCGACGCUCCUUAUAGAUAGAUAGAUUAGAUAGAUUGAUACCUACCUACCUACCUGAAGAUAGAUAGAUGGGUUGAUUUUGACCUUGGCGGUUUUUUUGGUUCUCUUUUGUGGAAAAGGGGCGUAUGCAUCAUCAUUUUUUUUAUGUUGUAUGUUUUAAAUAAAAAACAUCAAAGAAAGUAUUGUUGUAUAGCCUUAACGAAGAAUACUUGUUUUGGCUACACACACACUUUUAUAUCCCUCCCUC